AUGCUUGGAAGGUUUGAAUUUUCUGGUAUGCACUGUCCGUUCCAAGGUACCGUCAGAUUCGUCGAUCUUGGCAUCAUGAAGCGUUACGAAUUAUUAAUAAAACACUUCUUUUCCUGCUUCCACGCAGCCCUGGACUUGUUAGCUGAGGCGAUAUCCGUCGCAGGCUUCGUUGGAAAAGUUGUGAUCGGCAUGGAUGUGGCCUCCUCGGAAAUGUGGGUCAAAGGCGGAAGGUACAAUAUGUGCUUCAAGGAUAAGCAACAGGAUCCAAACCAGUUGAUUAGUGGGGACAAGCUGUUGGAACUCUAUUCACAACUACUUUCACAUUACCCCAUUGUGACCAUUGAAGAUCCAUUCGAUCAAGAUGACUGGGAGCACUGGAUCAAAUUUCGAAGUCGCACGAAAGUUCAGGUUAGUAGGACAACUCGGCAUGAGCAAGAAAUUGAGUGCGCACUC